AUGCAGGCAUUGGCAAAGGCACAAAUCACGGCUCAACUUCUCUUACACGGUAUAGAGAGAGUGAUCAUCCUCGCCAGAAGCGAAGACAAAUACGUCACUGCCUGCAAAGAAUGGAGUCAAAGCGAGGCUAUCUCACUCAAUAAGGAUGACCCCCGAGUCAAGUUCAUCAAGUGUGAUUUGGGAGAUAUCGAGGAUGUCAAAGCUGCCACCGAGAAGAUCAAAGAACUGACAGAUCGAGUCCACAUCCUAAUCUGCAACGCAGCCCUCGGUGUCCCAGAUGAAUACACUCGCUCGCCACAGAAUAUCGAGCGUGUCUUCGCGACAAACUGCGUCGGACACCAAGUUCUCACUACACUACUCAUGCCUCUCUUGAAGAAUGGCGUGGUAACAGUGCGCAACGGCGAUGUGCGUAUUGUUGUUGCGAGCUCGUCUUUACACUUGACAUGCCAGGAGCUAGAUCUAGAUCUUCUGACUUCAUCUUCACGCGUCAAAUGGCCUGCCUUGUAUGAUGGGGUCUGGCGGUAUGGCCGAUCAAAGCUGGGCAACAUUCUUUUUGCGAAAGAGCUCAGUCGUCGGCUUUUGAAUGAUCGUGAUCCGGCCAGUAAGCAUAUCUAUGUCAAUUCCUUCUUCCCGGGAAAUGUUGUCACUGAUCAGUGGCUCGACUGGUCUUCUUAUUUUGGAUCUUUUUUCGGCUGGCUUGUGAGGUUGGGUGGAUCGUGUUGGGGUCAGUCGUUGGAGGAUGGGGCCGCGACGGCUUUAUAUCUUGCUGCCGGUCGUGAGGUGAGAGAGGAGAAUAUCCGUGGUCAGUACUUCAUACCUAUUGCUACGUUGUGUAAGCCCAGCUCGAUUGCUAGAGAUAUGAAGCUCUCAAGAGACUUGUGGGACUGGAUCGAUGCUCAGGCUACGGAGACACUUGGACUGGAUUGGGAAUGGCAGAGUUAG